AUGCGUCCAACGUUUGAUAAUCUUGAAAAGCCAUUUUAUGAUCAUGGUGUUGUCGAAUUGGUGGACUUUCUUUGGGAUUAUGAAAAACAUUGUGAAUUGAAAAGGUGGAAUGAUAAUAAGGCAAUGAUUAAAGGGAUUGUAGAAGUUGAGGAAAAGAUUAAUAAGGUGUGGAAUAUAAAGCAAAAGGACCAUGAAUCUAUAUUGUUAUACACUUACCGUUAUGAGACGCUUGUGGCUCCGGUUGAAUCAAUGUGUCCAAUAAUGUAUGACGAAGCAAAAGAAUGGGCAUUGGAAUUGGAAGCAGAAAUCAACGAUGAUGGGAUGCAAGGAAUUGAGAUAGGCAAUACGUUAGUUAAAGCUGACGUUGAAGUCAAAAGAGUUGGAAUUAAAAAGAAGAAC